CGCCGGGGGCCGGCGCUUCGCGAGGCGCCCUCUCCCGCAGCGGGGCCGGGCGGGCCACCAUGACCGAGAACUCCGCGUCCGCGCCUGCGGCCAAGCCCAAGCGGGCCAAGGCCUCCAAGAAGGCCACAGACCACCCCAAGUACUCAGACAUGAUCGUGGCCGCCAUCCAGGCGGAGAAGAACCGCGCCGGCUCCUCGCGCCAGUCCAUCCAGAAGUACAUCAAGAGCCACUACAAGGUGGGCGAGAACGCCGACUCGCAGAUCAAGUUGUCCAUCAAGCGCCUGGUCACCACCGGGGUCCUCAAGCAGACCAAGGGGGUGGGCGCCUCGGGCUCCUUCCGGCUGGCCAAGAGCGACGAGCCCAAGAGGUCAGUCGCCUUCAAGAAGACCAAGAAGGAGGCCAAGAAGGUGGCCACCCCGAAGAAGGCAGCCAAGCCCAAGAAGGCCGCCUCGAAGGCCCCCAGCAAGAAGCCCAAAGCCGCCCCGGUCAAGAAGGCCAAGAAGAAGCCAGCCGCCACGCCCAGGAAAACCAAAAAGCCCAAGACUGUCAAGGCCAAGCCAGUCAAGGCCUCCAAGCCCAAGAAGGCCAAGCCGGUGAAGCCCAAGGCCAAGCCCAGCGCCAAGCGGGCCGGCAAGAAGAAGUGACCGCGGCCGUGGGAGCCCGGGCCCCGCCGCCCGCCCCGCGGUGUAAAUACUGCCCCUCCCUCCCCGUCCUCGCGCCGAGCCCCUGGAGCCCGACCCCGCGGGAGGCCGCCGGAGCCCCCGGGCGCGGGCCGCGCCUCCCCCGACGGGGCGUGCUUCGGGGGUUCGCCCCUCGGCGACUUAGCGGGCUAGGGCUUGGGGUGCGUUUGUGUGUUGUUUAGCUGUGGCGGUCAGGGGCUGGGUGAGAGGGCGCCCGGGGUUGUGGGGCUUGCGGGGGAACCUUGAGGCCAGGGGGCUCUCCGGAAGUUGGUGCCCCUUUCUAGAGUUUCUGAACCUCGGGGGGAGGCAGGGGGCAGGCCUGGAUCCCGGGGAGGCAGGUGGGGGGCCGUCCCCGGGCCACUCCACUUCCAGGGGUGAGCGGUGGGGGUCCAGGCCGGUUUCCGCGCCGCCCCUGCGGCCUCGCUAUUGUCCUGGGAGGGGGAGGGUCGGUGACAGCCGGCUGGGACGCGCCGCUCCGCGCUCGGCCGGCCCCGGCGGGGGAGGGGUCUCGGUCCGGAGAGCCGGGGCGCGGCGGGGGCCGGUCCGCCAAGUGCCUCGGUGCGCCCUGUCGCUGCAGCUCGGGCCUCGGCGCCGGGGCUGUACCCUCGGGGGGCGUCUCCUUCCUUCCCCUUGACUUUCGGGUUCCUGCUGCCCCAGGCCGCUUGCCUGGGCGUCCGGGGGCCCGGGCCCGGC